UGAACCUGAACCGACAGACUCACCUCAACAUGACAAGUGACAUCGCACAGUACCCUCUUUGCCUCUCUCCACCCCUGCAACGUCCCUUCCCUCCAGCCCUCUCGCUCGCCUGGCCCCCCUGUCCUCCCCUGCCCUGGCGCUUGCCCCUUGCUCUUUCCCUGGCACCAUGGCAGGCCCCAUUGCCGCUUUCCCCAUAUUUUCCCCUUCCAAGGUUUGUCGCAACGCCAGACAGCCCGACACAGACGCAGAACACAGACAGGCACACACACCAGCCCUCCAGCCCUGGCCGGCCAGACACCCAGACCAGCAUCACCGAGCAUGACCCAUGACCCACACCUAUGCAGUCCACCUCAGACUCACAAAGCCUCACUCCACUCCACUCCACUCCAGGUUCUCUCCGCGUCAAACACCCACACACCAACACAAUCUGCAUCACCCUGCUGCACCUUGCAAUCUUCAACACCACGACACCUGCACCUGCUGCACCGGCGCCCUCGCACGCUCCCUCGCACGCUCCCCCAGGGCGUCGGCAUCGUCCACCCACCUUCUGAUCGCCGCUCCAAGACAGCCAUUUCACACCUCUCAAGCAUCCCACUAAUGCUUCGCGACAGACCUUUUCGAGCACACGGGUCCUCUCUCACCACCGCCCUUGCGAUCCACCCUUUAAGCUCUGCAGACGUCGCCGGACCUGAUCUCGGCCCAUCUCACCGUUUGUCUGCUGGCUGGCGCUGUUUGAACCAGCUUCAGGACCGCUCCCUGUUGUGAUUUGCGUGGCCACAAUUCCUGAGCUCGACCCCGGCCAAAGCUCGAGGAAACUCCGAGUUGGCCCCGCGGUGGCCUGGGCUGUUUUUGUCGCCUCCGAUCUCGAAGGACCUUCAGCAUGGAUCCUCGAGAUCAAAGACAGGCGCAGCCGCCCAACCUGCCAUUCUCGCGAAAUGCACAGUCUCCACUCUACACUCGACAGACCUUGCCUCCUCCCACGCCUUCUUCCGCCUCUGCGACGCCCGCCCCGAACUCGUAUGCGAUAGAUCGACAACAACAGCAGCAGCAGCAGCAGCAGCAACCAGGGCAGCAUACACAGGCCCCCUCCUCAGCCAGCUCUGCAUACCCACCCGACAACCUCCAAAGGCGACCCUCCGACCCUCACUUCUUCCCCUCUUCCCGUCCGUAUGAACAUGGCGCCUCUCUCACCCCUUCGAACCACUCGCGACAUCAGAGUGCCUCCUCUGUCACCCCGGGCCCCCCCAUGAACCGCGGCAUGCCGCCUCCGGGCUCACCCCCUCAGCCCGGCCAGGGUCCUGGAGGCCCCGGCGGCCCAGGAGGCCCGGGCCUACAGAUGGGGCCAGGAGGGCCGUACAGCUUGCCUGCUCCAAGACCGUCGCCAAUACCUGGCGGGCCCUCUACGGCGUUCCCUCCAGGCGGCCGUGAGCUUCCAGCCCUAGAUUCUAUACAGAGAGGAAGCGGCCAAGGGAGUUCAAUGUCACUGAAUUAUAUGCUUGGCCCCCGACCUCGAGAUUCUACUGCGCCGUCCUACCCUCCCCCGGCAUCGUCAGCUGCCGCCUCCGCACCUGCUUACACGUCUGGUGUACAUGCCUCUCCGCGAAUGGCCUCGAUCUCCACCGAGUAUGCACCCUACCGAAGGCCUCACACCCCUGAACAACAUCAACGCAUGUAUGAAGCUCGAGAUCCACGGGCAGAUCCGCGGGCAGAUCCGCGUGCCGACCCGCGAGGGGACCCGCGAGACCAACGGGAUGCUCGUACCGCUGCUGGCUCACCCCACGGGGUGCAUCUCACCCCAGAGAUGCAAAGGUAUGGGACGCCACGAGACGCAUACCGACACCCGCCUCCACCCAUGGGACCUGCGGAACAUGGCAGAGACUUCCAGCGACUCCCAGGGCCACCUGGGCCCCCUCCUAGACCGAGCAGCCAGCCUAAAUCGUUUCCCAACAUCGCACCGCCCUCGCGGCAGAUGGAGGCGGGAAGACCUGGUCCCCCCGAUAUGUACCCAAGACGCGAAGAGCCCAGGCAUGGAGGAGAGUACAAUCCGGAGCGACUCAUUGUGGUCAAGCACGAAGACGAUAGGUUGAUGUUCGAGCGAGAAAGGCAGGAAAGGGAGAGAGAGAUGGAACUGCGGGACCGCGAGAGGAGGGAGAGGACUACCUCGGGUGGCGACCCUGGAAGACAGUAUGCGGUGAACCAGCCCGAGUAUGGUCCGCCAGGAAUACAGCGGAGGGAACCACUACCGCCACAAUAUCCACGUCCAGUGGAUUCCCGGGAGCAGGCACACUGGCAAAGGGCGGCGUAUGACCAGCCCCGGCAUGUGUACGAGGAGCCAAGACCUCAACCCCGACAACACGAGUACCCUCAUGCAAGUGCGCCUCCGUACAACAACACCCAGGGGGCUCUGUCGCAGCCUCCGGUAGAACGCUACCCUCCCUCCUCUCAUCCUGCGCACCCGCAGUCAAUGCCUCAGGCGGCUCACCAAGCGCCGCCCUAUGAAUCGCCUAGUCGCCAACGCGCGGCGGCGAUCCCACCUCACCAACAGCAGCAACCUCCUCACCGGCGACCUGGCGAGGACGGGCCGCCCCCUCCUUCUGUCGCGUACAGCAAUGGACACCCCCCAAUGUACGAUUCACCCCGACACCGGCCUCUAGAAGAGCCAGGCCACCCGAUGGCUCACCAACAGAACUUUUUACGGGUCCAAGAAAUGAACAGAAAGGGCCGUAUAUCUCCUCUCCCACAAGCUGUUCAAGGCGCACAACCGCAGAUACAAGGGCCGCCUGGCGAGGCAGGCAUUAAGAGCGAGUUUGGCCGCAUGUUCUCAGGUAUUGGGAGUGGAGUUAGCGGCCUAGGUGUAUCUAGCCCUGUUGCGGCCGGUGCACAGCUGCCCUUCACUGGUAGCGGCCUGGGGCGGCGUGACGACUUGGAGCACGCACCUCCAGACGUAACAUCCGAUCCCAAGGGCGGCCGCGACAAUGCUUCCCGUAACAAGCGGAGAAAGCAAAAGGAAGACGACGUCAAGAACGACGAAGACAGCACAGGCAGAAGCACGCCGCUGGGCAGAGCUAAGCGACAGAAGACGCACUCUCACCACCAUCACCACCACCAUCAUCAUCAUCACCACCACAUUCCCGACCAAGUGUCCCCCCAACAGACUGUGGUCACCCCCUUCAAGAACGUCAAGGGAUCUACACCGAUCCCAUCCCCCACAGGGGCCGCGAAAGACCUUCUCAUGACUCACCAUCAUGCUCCUCCAAGAGCCAGCGCUCAUGGUCAAAUCAGGGAACCAAACGCCCAGCCAAUCGCCGCCCAUUCAAGUGCUCCCGUUAUCAUCCCGCCAAAACCGAAGCGUAUCAUCUCGAACAAGGCGAUUCUCGACAGCGUGUCUAACAAGCCGCGUGAGCACCUUGGUGACUGGAUCUACGACGUCAUUCUCAAACCGGCUCGGAUGUACGAUGGUCGAAGUGGCCGGCAUGCACGACAUGCGUAUCAAUCCACACCCAAGCCUCUGCCGAUGCCAACGAUCCAAGGCAAGGAAGGAAGCACCCUGAUGGUGAAGGUCGGGAAGCAGCACCUGAAGGGUCCUGCGAGAGCGGAAAUCACGUCGCGCCGGGCUCUCUGGGGAACCGACGUGUACACAGAUGACUCGGAUGUCGUGGCAGCUUGCAUUCACGGUGGCUGGAUCCGGGGCGAGUGGCCUGAUGAUGUCGAUGUCAACCUGCUGGGGCUUGACGAGGGUAUCGGUGCGGAUGUCAAGGAGGCCAAGGGCAGCAGGAAAGGAAGGGGCAAGGAGACAGCCGAGGCGCUGCAGAAGAGCAACCCGGAUUUCUUGGAAGCGCCGUUGGCGACAGGGCCGGUGCAGGCACCUGAAGGCCGCGACAUGCACGUCAUGAUCCAGAUCCUACCCAAGCUCGAGAAGUACGUGUCGACGGUACGCUUUGGGAUAAAGAGCCGGGAAUGGGGGGGAAAGUUAGGCCGGGACGGCCAACGGUCCAGCCACGACGGGCUCAGCUUCAUGAUCAGAUCGGUGCGGUUCGUCACCAACGGCGCAGCCCCGCAGAGCAGGCUUCGCGGCCAGGCGAGACGGGACAGGAUGCGGAAGGCGAUGGAGGAGGUUGAGAUGAGCAGGGCCUUCGAGGUCAGGGUGGUGCCCAACACCGGAAACGGCAUCGUAUCGCUGGCGCCCAAGAAGAAAGCAGCAGAUGGUGCAGGUGACAAAGAGAACCGGUCACUUGAGAGUGCUGGAGACGGCAAUGGACACGACAAGGCGGGGCAUAAUGGCAGCCCUGGGGGAAGCAGGGCGAGGGGCAGCCUCGCCGAGGGGCAGGUGGGCCAUGGCGGAGAGGCCGAACGAAAUGAGCAGCACAACCGGGACGACGAUAGCGGGGUCGGUGAUGUGAGCGGUGCAGGGGAUGACCCAAAUGUGGUGCCGGCGACGCUAAACGCCGCGGCGGCGCUGGCAGCGGUUGCAACAGUGGCUAGCAGGCUAACGCCGCCUGCGGAAGCGUGAUACAUGCACAUUUUCAUGAUGAGGCGGGAGGGGGCGUCCGGGGUGAGGAGCACGCCCUGAGGCAUGGGCUGGUUGUUGAAGUUAGAAGUGGUUGCUGUUUGUCUCGUAAAAGUCAGGACAGCAUGCGGCGUUUGGGUUCGUCCUGGGGUUUCAAGAUACCUGCGCAUGAGCAAGCAGCCUGGCUGCACUGGUAGCAAUUGAUUCGGUAUGCCAUGAAGUGCUUCUGGAGGAGACCCGGCACUAUGUAUUUAUUGUACAUGAGCUACGAAAUACCACGAAGAAUACUCCCCAGAACGACUUGAGGUGCUGGUCUUUCAAAGGAGGAUCGUGCCCGAGGUUGUGGAUGUGCGCAGGUCAGACCCAGAGGAUGACAUGGGCAUGGCCAGCCAGCCAGCCAGCCAGGCCGCCAGCCCGGCGCGUCACUCAUACUCAUACACUCCCACGCCCACCUCAGAAGUCAGUCACGCGGCCGUUGUAGCUCCAGUCGCCGGCGCUGCCCCACCUCAGCGGCUCGGUCUUGGGCCCGCCGACCUCGCCCGUCCUGGGGUUCUUGUCGCCGUCGAACUCGGGCGGGGCGCCGCGCCACACGCCGCCGGGGGUGGUCUCGUCGGCCUGUGGUGGUGGUGGUGGUGGUGUUGAUGUGGCAGCGGCCGUGGCGCCGUCGGGGGUGGUGGUGUGCCGGGGGUUCGAGGCGGGCGAGACGGAAGGGUAUUGUUGCUGCUGCUGUUGCUGCUCGUGCGGCAGCGGCGUGGGGUCGGCGAGGCGGUCUGCCACGGCGCGCUGGAGGCGCUCGAACUCGGCCUGCUGCUCUGGGGGCAGGCGGGGCGGGGAGGGGCCUUGUUGGAAGGCUGAGGAGUAGGGGCGGGCGUGGGUUGUGAUGAUGGGCGUUGGUGGUGAUGGUGAUGGUCUUGUGAGGGCGGCGGCUGCUGCUUUGUGGAUUGCGCGCAGGCUUGAGGGCCUUGGGAAGAGGCGGGUUGGGGGCAUUUUGUUGUUUUGUUGCUCUCUGUGGGUAGUUGUUGGCCUUGUGCACGAAAGGUUGAGUGGCCAGGGCGGGAAGAAGUCGAGAUGUGCAGUUCCGAUGUGGCGGCCGAGGUUCGGCAGGGUGUUGUACCAGAGCUCUGGGCGUUGACGACAUGGAC